AUGCUAGCUAAUGCUAAUCUUAUUCGUGCGCCGUUACCCGAAAAAGGACGGAAUACGAUCUGGAAACUCGGGAAAAGCUUUAAGGAGGUUAUCAUGCUAUCGAUCAAUCCUCAUGUUGUGGUGGGGGCAGCGACCGCCUCUACGACGAAAGAUGAACGCAUCACGGAGACACAAGACGUUCGACGCCGCUUUAUGUUCCAUUUGCAUCCACCUCCUUCUCGCUUCCUCCAACCAGUGGUGAAGGAGAAACACCAAAACUUUAGCAGCGAUGUGGUUCGCAUUCGUUGGAACAUCACUGCUACUGCAUUUUAUCUCAGAUCUACUUCUUCGACAGUCAAGAACAUUUGA